CAACAGGAGGUAAUGGAGCUUCGUAACCAGAUCUCCCAGUCAGGAGUGCAGGUGGAUGUUGAUGCCCCUAAAGGACAAGAUCUGGCCCAGAUCAUGGAGGAGAUAAGAGCCAAGUAUGAGAAGAUGGCUCUGAAGAACCAGGAGGAGCUGAAGGCCUGGCACGAAUCUCAGAUCACAGAGAUUCAGGUACAAGUCACACAGAACACAGAGGCCCUCCAGGGUGCACGUACAGAAGUCAACGAACUUCGCAGACAAAUUCAGACAUUGGAGAUCGAGCUGGGGUCACAGAAGAACCUGAAAGGAUCACUGGAGGCCAAUCUGCGAGACACAGAAAUGCGCUACAACAUGGAGAUUGAGAGUCUCAAUGCUGUCGUUAUGCAACUGGAGGCUGAACUCACACAACUGCGCAACAACAUCCAGCAACAGACGCAUGAUUACGAGUCUCUGCUGAACAUCAAGAUGAAGCUGGAGGCAGAAAUUGCCACCUACAGGAGGCUUCUGGAUGGUGGGGACUUCAAGCUCCAGGAUGCUCUUGAAGAGCAAAAGAAGGUGAAAGUAAUGACGGUCACACAGACGCUGGUGGAUGGGAAGGUGGUGUCUUCAAGCACAGAAACCAAGGAGAGGAAACUUUGAACAUCAAAUUUCAGAUCAACCUCCACGACACAUCAGAAAAACCUAAUGGGCCAAUGAUAACAUGAUCUAAAGACAGGUUGGACUUAACACAUUAGAUAUUUAUUUAGUCCAAGGUACCUUAAUGUAAGUGUCUCAGAGCACAUUUGCAAUGAGAUUUUAACUAGCACAUUUCAAAACUAACUUAAAACAAAAAA